AUGGCUUCCUAUCAGCCGCUGUCGCCGUCUCUCCGCUCGUCCGCCCUCGUGGAGAAGAAGAAACUGGGUCCUGAAGCUUCUCCCCACCUGAGCCAUGGAGGUCAUCCCGCCGGCGCCACCGCCUCUCCUCCGGAGAAAUUCGCCGGGUCCCUCGAGGUCCACGUCUACCGGGCUCGAGAUAUUCACAACAUCUGCAUCUACCACAAGCAGGACGUCUACGCCAAGGUCUGCCUGACAAGCGACCCUGCAAGUUCCGUCUCCAGCAAGAUCAUCAAUGGCGGGGGACAGAAUCCAGUCUUCGACGACAGGCUCCAUCUCGACGUCAGCUGUACGGCUGACACUUCCCUCAAGUGCGAGAUCUGGAUGCUGAGCAGGGUCAAGAACUAUCUCGAGGACCAGCUCCUGGGCUUCGCCCUGGUUCCCCUGUCGGAGAUCGUCGGGAGCGGGGCGCUGGCCGGGGAGUUUCCUCUGUCGUCGACUGAUCUCUUCCACUCCCCUGCGGGGUUCGUCCAGCUCUCUAUCUCAUUUUCAGGCUCCUCGCCGAAGCCCAUCGCCACUCCCCCGCCACCGCUGCCUGCCGUGAUUGCCGAGAGCGCUCUGCCGGACUCCGGCGACGGCGAUUCCAUCCCCUGCGAAUACGAGAAGAUCGAAUUCCCCGACCUGGAGAUUGUGGACGAGAAUAAGCGGAUGGUCUCUGAAAUCUUCGGCAUCUCCUGCGACAAGAUCGAGUCGGAGAGCUCGGUGACCCCGGAUUCCGACGCCGGAAUUCGAUUGAUGGAGAUCUUCCUGUCGGAGAGCUAUGCCUCCGGCGGCGCUGCGAAGACCGGCGACUACCCUUCCUGCAGCACCUCCAUCAAUGGGUCUCGAUCUUUAUCCGAGUCGUCUGUGACCGCAGGGUCUCCAAACCGGGAAGACAAGAUCGCCGAGGUGGAGUCCUCUGCUGGGCCGCCGGCCGCCGCGGCCAUCGCGCCGCCGAUGAUCAGAAUCGAGAUCGCCCCAGAGCCGAGCGUCGUCCAGCAGGAGAUCGUGGACAUGUACAUGAAGAGCAUGCAGCAGUUCACAGAGUCCCUGGCGAACAUGAAGUUGCCCAUGGAUCUGGACAGCAACGGCCGCGGCGGCGGCGGCGGCAAGGUCGGCGAGGAGAAGGCGAACGUUGCAGGCGCGGAGGAGAAAUCGCGUGCACCAAAGGAGGCUGCUUCUAGGGUUUUUUACGGGAGCGGGGCGUUCUUCUGA